UGAAGACUGCUCGAACACAGAAACCAUCCCAAGGAGAAAUAUGAGUUUCUCUGACCUGACUUCACCCUCCGACGUUUCUUCCAUGAGCGAAAAACAACUCGAGAAGUUGGUUGAACAACUUCAAGAUGCGAUCAGUAAUGUCAACGAGGAACUGAACAUCACCAAGGAAGAGAGAGAGGCUGUGGAUAAGACCGUCAAAAGAGGCACUGAAGACCUGAACCGGAGGAUGGUGAUGGCGACGCAGACAGGCGGAGUGGGUGAGGCCCUGUUGGAGCUGGAGACAUCGAGGCUGAGGAGGGCUGAGCUCGUCCAGCAACUGGACUGGAUUAAUAGGUCACAGGGAAAAGCAUCAAAGAAGAAACGGAAGGACGUGGAUAAAAUUGACAAGGUGUUGGAGUCUCUAGCAGAGAAGGAGAAGAGUUUGAACCUCCAGUGUCUGGCGAUGAGGAAGUCUCUAGCAGAGACCCAGUCUCGUUGCCUAGAAGAAAAUCAAUCACUACAAGUGAGUCAGGCCUCUGGUUGGGUGAAGUUGGAAAAGCUGGAGGAAUCUACCAAGCCAGGCCCACGGAGAGGUCUACAACCACAAGGCCAAACAGCAGACAACAAGCCAACAAGACACAGAAGACCGAAGUGACGAGCUGUUUAGAUGCUGUUAGUAGGUAGAAUUGUUUACAUUAUGAUUGGUGAAAUCUAGACACUUUAAAACCAGAUUUUUGUGGUAGACAUUUAGAAAGAUUUGUAUUAGUAGUUUUGAUGCAUUGGGAUUAUAAAUUGAGAUGCAGUUUUAGUAUUAUCUCUGAGCAACUGUUGAAUAUUUUUCUGUGAAAUAUUUACUGUUCAAUAAAUUAACGUAAU